AAUACAGUUGACAAUGUCAGUUGGAUCCAGUAACCCAUCAGGAGAACGACGAGAUGAAGGAGGAUCUUCUCAUAGUCAUCCACCUCACACCCGUGACGAAAACUUAAUUGCCCUUACACAAAGCUUGGAACGCGACCGCGAUACUGAUCAUUUUGAUCCUAGUCAAGAUAAAGAAGUCAGAAGAAAGUUACGACAAGAUUAUCGUCGAUUGAUUCAAACUACUGAAGAACACAGAAAGGAUUAUGCCAAUGCCAAUGAUCAUGGACUAGAAGAUACACUCAAUCAAGCCAAUUUUUUAUUCACUUCAGUUAAAAAUACUCAAGAAGCAGCUUUGGAUUCAAAGUUAUUGGUUCUCUCUGCCAACAUUACUACUCAAAGAGCACGCAAUUUACGUCUGGACAAUCAUUUAUUCAAUAUGGAUGAAUUUAUAGCCAAGGUGAAGACUUUUUGUGGAACUGAACGAUCUGCUCAUGAAGAUUGGAAUUGGAAGAAACUAGGUCAAAGAGCUGCUCAAUUUAGCAAAAGAGCUCAAUCAAUGGAUUUGAUUCUUGGACCUCUCUCUGUAGAAAAGAAAAUUCGAAAACCUGUGAAACAAGCACGACUGACGAAAAACAAGGAAGAUUUGGUCCAACCUACUAAACUUCAACAAGAUGAUGUACAACAACAAACAAAUGAAACUUCCGCAAAUGUCAACAGUAUCUAUAAAAUCUUGGAUGAAAGGGGUCCCACCAAUUAUUUUGAAUUCAUCACCAAUCCAGAAUCGUUUUCACAAUCGGUGGAAAAUAUGUUUUAUGUCUCCUUCUUGAUCAGAAAUGCAGUGGCGGAAAUCGAUGAUACCAGUGGUCAACCUAUUUUAAGUACUAGAUCACACCCAACCAUGGAAGAAUUGGUGGCCGGAUUAAGAAAGAAACAAAUCAUCAUGAGUCUGAGUAUGCCCCUUUGGGAGGAAAUCAUUGAAACGUAUGGUAUUCGACAAACAAUUAUCCCAACAAGAGAAAAACAAGCUGAUAUGACAGAAGGCAAAUGGUACUAGUUUAGAUGUCUCUUAUUGUAACAUACUUAAUUUUUAUUAUUGUUAUUGUUAUACUUUCCCUCUAUGUAUAUAUAUCUCUCU